GGGGUGCCUCCAUUCGGGCUCAGAUUUUCAUGGAUUAGUUAACGUUUAACCGUCUCACCGAUAAGCUCGUUGUUUUUCCGUCUUAGGGAGUCAGUCCGUUGGGUGUUCUAUCUAUCUCGUAGUGCUCUCCGGUUGGUGAUCGGGAGUGUUUGGAGUUCUGACUCUCUAGAGUGUUCGGCUAAUCGAUUCUGUGUGUGACUUGUGUGGAGCCACUAUUUCUGAUUCUGGAGUCAGUGGCAAGUGAAGCGAUUUGAAGUUGUGCAUGGUUCGAAAAGAAAGUGAAUCUUUUCCCCUUUUCAAUCUGUUAUUGGUUAUUGUAGUGUUGUAAAGUCCAGAGUGUUUUGCCGUUUGGGUUUUCGAUUCGAUUGCUUUGAACGAUCACCCGAGGAUCGCCACGAGGGGCACCUUUUGGAGCUCGUUUUGUGCGAGUGCGCGCAUUUCGUACAAUUAAAAGUGAAGUUGAGCACUUUUUUUUUCUCCUCGCGACCAAUGAAGGCAAAAUAAAAUAAUUCAUAAGGCGAGCAUAUGAAGGUAUACGUUGCAUGGUAUAAGAGUCGUUGCUGGCCAAGUGUUCAAGUCCAGCUAAGUCGUGUGCUAUGAACGGACUUUCCGCCUUAGCUGUCUGAGUGAGUCGUUUUUUUGCUGCUGCUUCUUGAGGCAAGUCUUGCCCGUACCUAGAGUAAAGUGCAGUGAAACCAGCUGAGAGUUGUGGCAGUUUGUGAAACAAGUUACAAACUCGGUAGUAGAAGUUUUUUUUUGCAGUUCCAGCUAUUUCCAUCCGACUCUUUUUUUCUUAGCUUGGACUAAAAAUAUACAGCAUUUGAAAGCUGCGGUGCAGUCAUCUUAUCAGAUGCAAAUCGAGUUUCGUAGAUUUUACACGCACUAGACCAAAACUGCCCUCAAAAAUCACCGAAUCAAGUUCAAGCUAAAAACGGAAACUACCAAACGUUAACGCCUAGACGCACCGAAAAAGUAAAACAAAGCGCACGGCAAAAGUUACUUAACGCGGUGAAAGAAAACAAAAGUGAAUUUGCGGCUAAGUAGCCACCAUUCCGUUAAAAAAAUUAGACAAACUGAAAGAAAGAAGCAAUGAAUAACCAGAAAGGAACCGAGCGAAGAAGUGAAUCAAUUAAACGGUGCGCGCAACUAAAAAAUUAAAAACGAAAGAAAAAAAAACGAAACAAGAUCGGAAAUCUCCGGAACGAGUCGUCGCGCUGCGAUUUUUCUUCUACACCUUUAAAACAACUUCCUUUCGUCGUCUUCUUUGUUCGCAUCUUCGUGUAGCUGUGAUAUUUUCUUCGUCUCUAUCUCGUUUGAAUCUCGUCAAAUUGCCGCCACCAAACUUUAUGUAACUCGGCUGUUCGGCUCAGCUUAACUCAACACACUGUUUUGUGGAGAUUACUCCAUCCAAAGUUAAAUUCCAACCAAAAGAAAAAAAACCCAAACCGAAGGCCGGAGAAAGAAAAUUUCUUCCUCAGACGUGUGCGGACAGACAGACCCCUGACCGAAUGAUAAUUGGCCACGGCCACGGCGAUUGAAUGAAAUAUAAUCCCCCCGAAAUAAAAAAAAAAUCGGAAAAUAAAAACGGAAUAAUCGUGGAGACGCGAAAUUACGCACUCGAUGCGCAACUUUAAACGAUCGGUGCCCACGAACAACAAGUGCCGGAAAACUAACUCACUCACACGAGCGUUUGAAACAACAACAACAACAGCAUCAACAAAAUUGCUGAGAAGCUUUUAAUUAGUGUUAAAAUUAGAUAAAAGUAUUUCUGUUUCCGAACGCGCGGAACGUGAAUCUUAAAACGUGCGCCUUUGAGAGUGUUGUUUUUUUUUCCUUUGAAUUGAGAAUUUGUGUUCAAGUGAUAGAAUUUUGUGUUGUUGAGGUUGCCUGUGACAGAAGAAUUUGAUUCUUAAGUGAGAUCUUUUUUUUUUAUUAAAGCCGAAAAAAUUGAAGUGUUGAUUGGUUUUUUUUUUAUCGAGAAGGCUCUUGAAAUAAGGUUUGUGUCAAUGGCUGGAUAAAAACCAAGCGAGAGUAUUUGAGAGGGUUUUUUCUGUUGCUGAGAUCGAUCUGAUCGAGUGUUUGAUCAAGAGGGCAAUCAUCGCCGUAGAGCAGUUUCUUGUGUGCGGUACAACGGAUUCUAUUCAUCUUCCUAGCUCAGACAGAUCAAUGAGAAUCGUUCUUUGGUGUUAAAAACGAUCAACCCCACCCGGCCAAGAUGACGCUUCUUGGCGUAUACCUGGCGGCAUCAUGGACAAUACUUUUCGGUUACAGCGUCGCCAUGCCAGAUCUCCACCUGCAGAUGUCGGCCGACCAACUGCGGGAGGUUUUUCACGUGGAACAUCCGGGUGCGGUGCCACACUACGAGGUGGUCCAGCUAACCCAUCACACGAAUGCCCCUCUCCGGCUAGGACUCCAUCAGAGGCGGAAACGUAGUAUAGACACCGGUGGGCCUCCCAAUUCCUUUCCGGCAUUUAGUGGAGGAAACGACCUCCCAGCAUCCUCAAAACAUCACGUGAAGAAAGAUCUGAGCAAAGUGCCGUUUAGUGGGAAAGUGAGUGAAAGUUUGUUUCCUCCCAAGAGGAAGUUCGUUGGACCGGUGCCGGUGGAACAAAGUUCCCAGUUGCCGGAAGAAGUGCAACCUCAGCAGCAAAAUGCGAGAGGAGAAGAUAGUGAUAGUGAGACAGUGAAUGGGAUCAGUGAUGUGAGCUUGAGCGACAUCAAAGAGCAUCGGGUUUCGUUCAGUGCCUUCGGGGACAGCGUGAACCUUACGUUGCAGAAAACGGAAGGCCUGUUCCGGCAAGGAGAGCCCCACUCGUUGCGCAUGUGGAACGUUCGGGUUGAUCCCAACGCUACGCAAGGAUUGGUCUACGAGGAGAUACACGAUGAGAAUGCUCCAGAGGAAGAUCACUUUGGUAAUGUUUACCAAGAUCAGAAAAAUAUGGCCGCAGUUCUUAUGCGGAGACACCUGGAAAGUGGCGAUCUAAUAAUGGAGGGUAGUAUAGGACAUCAACUAGUGAUAAAACCAGUGCCAACCGAAAUCUCCCAGGCGGAGGACGGAAGUGUUCAUCACGUUAUCUAUAAGCGGACGGUGGACGAACAAAAUCACGAUGAUACCAGCGAUUAUGCCUUCAUGGAACCGGACCGGUUACAGAAGCGAUUUCGCAGCAAACGGCAGGCUUACUACAAGCAAUCGCGGGUGCUGGACACCACCAUCUAUCCGGAGAUCCUGGUCAUCGUGGAUUACGACGGGUAUCGGUUACACGGAGGCGAUAAUGUCCAGGUGAAGCGGUACUUCGUUUCCUUCUGGAAUGGCGUGGAUCUGCGAUAUCGGCUGCUCAAAGGACCCAAAGUGCGCAUCAGCAUCGCCGGUAUCAUCAUCUCACGGGGUCGCGAUGCCACCCCGUACCUAGAACGGAAUCGCGUGGGCCGAGACGCCAUCGAUUCAGCGGCCGCCCUCACCGACAUGGGCAAGUAUCUGUUCCGGGAGCGACGAUUGCCUGUGUACGACAUUGCCGUAGCCAUCACCAAACUAGAUAUGUGUAGAAGACAGUACGCAAAUGACGCGUGUAAUCGCGGUACUGCAGGUUUUGCGUACGUUGGAGGCGCUUGCGUCGUGAACAAGCGGCUGGAGAAGGUCAACAGUGUUGCCAUCAUUGAGGAUACCGGUGGUUUCAGCGGAAUCAUCGUUGCCGCCCACGAGGUUGGCCAUCUCCUCGGAGCUGUCCACGAUGGGUCUCCUCCACCGAGCUAUCUGGGUGGACCUGGGGCCGAGAAGUGCCGCUGGGAGGACGGGUACAUCAUGUCCGAUCUGCGACACACGGAACGGGGCUUCCGGUGGUCACCAUGCAGUGUUCAAAGCUUCCAUCACUUCCUCAAUGGCGACACCGCCAGCUGCCUGCAAAACCCACCUCACGAGGACGAAGCCCUGGGCCGGUCACUUCCGGGAACGCUGCUCUCGCUCGAUGCCCAAUGCCGCCGGGAUCGGGGAACCUCGGCCUGCUUCAAGGAUGAACGCGUCUGCGCCCAGCUGUUCUGCUUCGACUCGGCCAGUGGCUACUGCGUGGCGUAUCGGCCCGCUGCCGAGGGCUCCACCUGUGGCGAUGGACAACACUGUCUGGAUGGGCGCUGCGUGGCAGAGCACGAAAACAUAAUCCCAGACUACUCGCAGCACACGCCAUCGUACACGCGCUUCAACCAGCCGCAGCAACCAAGUGUCAAAUUUAACUACGACGACAAGUCAGGUCAGCAGGGAGAAUAUUAUGAACCGUCUAGUAGCACUGCGUCGUCCACCACCUCAACCACCACAAGUACAACAUCAACAACAACGACAACCACCACCACCACCACUACACCACCUCCGCCGCCACCGACGUCGACGAGGAACUAUUACCAAUAUUUCAACCACAAAUCCACGAGUACAUAUCACAUGGAUGAUGAAACCGAUCGACGAUACAAAAAUUUCAUGAAUGCCAUCAAACGGAAACGGUUACAACAUCUGAAGGAGCAGCUUCGGCAGCAGGAAAUCGUCAGCAAUCAGCAGUGAACUUCUUUCGAAAACCGAAAAACAUCUGACAAAUGAGAAUUCAAAUUUAUCAUUACAAAAAAAACACAAAGGCCACAACAACAACAAAAUAAAAUGUUAAGUUUUGUUAAAGUUUCCAUAGAAACCAACUCCUAGGCUUUAAUAUUUUUUAAGAGCAGAGACUGACCUGAACCUGAUCCUGCAAGGGAGCGAACCUCCUUGCCGAACUCGGUUUUAUUUUGAGCACGAAAAGAAGGAAUUUCGAUCGACUCGUGAAUGUGAACAGUUUUUUAUUCCCUUGUGAAUUGAAAAAAAAACAAAUUUUUCUAAUUUGAGCUUUCCCAAUUAUUAUUAUUAUUAAUAUUUAUUUAAAGGGUCCUUUAGCAAUUGUCAUUCGGGUCAAAAAGAGCUUUCCCAAUGAUCAGAAAAAAAAUCAGACUCAAAAUCAAAAUAAGAAUUACAAUUGAAUAUUCAGAUUCAGAAUUCAGGUUUUAAAUUAAUAACUCUUCUAUUUUUAAAUUUUCAAGGGAAUAAUAAUGUGUUCGUCCACUAAAUUAUAAAACUAGUAAACAAAUCCGAUCUUCCUGAAAAUUUUUGAGCACUAAAGCUCAAGAAGUCAAAAUGAAAACCAGUCUGCUUCAUUGGCGUUGAUCAUUCAUGAUAUUCAAUCAGACAUCUAACGAACAAAACAAAUACUAGAAAGACGAAAAUAGACAACCUAUCUUUAGCUAAAGUUUAGCGACUGCAACGUUAAGCGGUGGCAAUAAGCACUAGAAAAACUUUUUCAAAAAAAAAGUUAGUAGGAAUUCAACAACGUCGUAGCUAAGUAGUAUGUCGUGGGAUUUAUGCGCAUGAACAAACUUAAAUUAUACAGAAAAAAAACGAGAGAAGGCAGAAAAAAAAAUUCAACAAUCAUUGUGAUAUAAAUUUGUGCAAAUAGGUGAAAACAAAAGAAACAGCUGCAAGUUAGUUUGUUUCUUUUAUGUAAGGUAAUAUUAUUAUUGAUACUUUCCAUUUACCAAGUAGGUUAUAAAAAGACGUAAUUUAUUAAAAAUUAUGGUCCAUUUCAGAACUAGCUUAAGAUAAAAACGAACAAACGUCAAAGAAAUGAGUUGAACAAGUGACUUUUCCAGUUACAUGUUAACAGCGACAUUUUCAUGCUGAAAAUGUUAGCCAAUUCAUUCUAUGAAAUCAACCCGACAAAGCUUUAAAAAUGUCUAGAUUGGCAAUUCUAAAUGUUGAAAUUACCCAAACGUUACAAUAUUUCAAAAUGGAAUGUAAACAUCCGUCCGCCAUUUGUUUCAGUGCAGAUUUGCGAAACAAACCUUGCCAUAAACGAAAUCAAGAAAAGCUUCUUAACAUAAUUUGUUAGUAAGUCAAUCAAUCCCAAACGUAACUACAAUCACAAAACCAUCCUUCAAUCCGAAGUGAUUCCUACCGAUCAAAUAAGAGAUCUCUCGAAACUGAUCUGCCAAGCCAAGCCAAUAGGUGGUAUGAAUAAGAAAAAAGCAAUUACUUCGAUAGCUUUUACUUAGCUCGAACUUUAGAAUGGCUAAAUUUGAAAGCAUUUUCUUGACUAGAUAUGAAAAAGAAGAGAAAAACAUUUACUUUCAACCUGCUCCGGAUUAAAAAUAUGCAUGCCAUUCGAAGUAUUUGACUCACAAAACUGCUCGAAAAUAGCAAAAGCAAUUACUAGAGCUUUAUUCAUAUCAGCCAAUGUUCGCCGACUUUAAACGCCCCGAUGUAGGCAAAGCCGGCGUUACCCUCCGAUCAAAGCACACGAAAAAAGAGGAAAACCAGUUUUUGAGUUUUCUUCUCCGAUACCUACCGGCACAAUUUGAGUAAACCCAGCUUAGCGGACUGCAGCUUGCAUUCCCUGUGAAGCUGGGCGAAAAACAUUUACCACCGAACGACAAAUCAAUCUUCAAUUUGUUAACCAUAACAACAAAAUCAGAACAAGAAACUGCCUUACUAAGCAAAUAGAAAAGUGUUUUUUGCCGAUAUCAAUCGUAAUACUGCCCUACAGAAGGAGAAAACAUUACAAAACAUAACAUCGAAAAACAACGAGCAUACCCACAAAAGAAGAACAAAAACUGUUAAAUGUUAACUCUCCAUGCGAAAUUCUCAAAAAAAAUAACACACACAAACAACGAAAGUCAAACAAACAUUGUAAAUAUGAACCCAUUCUAGGAGAUACGACAGAAAAAAUUCAACGCAAAUUCGAUGCAACCAUUAUAUUGGAAGUGUCCCAAUCCUUGAUGGAAAUUUGAAAUUUCGACACGCUAGUCAAACUAGCAAACGUUUCGGUGAAAGUAUGCAAAGGCUUUUUACAACUUUGCACCCAAGUUUGUGCAAACGAAUCUUUAUCAAUCAUCCUAGUUAUGCUGCUAGCUGCUAGGUGUAUAGCCUCUUAAUUUAUCCCGUUUUAAGUAACUUAGGACCGUAGGGCAACUUUGAGAAAAGAAAACGAAACUCAAAUAGCUGUCCCCAUUAUUGCGCUAAAUCAACCCUUAAACCAUUCUCCCAUUCUCUCAAUGAACUCAAUUGAGCUAUUUUUAAUUACCACUCUGAGAAAUUGGAACAUUAAAGCGUCUGAUUCCUAACUGAAGAAGAAAAAGCAAUAGGAAACUAUUUUAUCUAUUAUUUAAGAGAUACUUAAGAACACAUCCACCCACACACAAACUUUUGAAUGGAAACGUUAACGGUAACGUGGGGUAUUUCCUCGUGCUUCAAUGGAGUACAUAAACACACUCUGUAUAGAACACAACAUAAAAAAACCAAUUUGAAAAAAAUACAAACUCCAUUCGAAGCCGAUUUGAAAAAAAAACUGUUGUAGGGAAAUGUUUAGUAGGUAACCUAUUGUUUAGUUUGUUUAUUUUUAUUCUGCUCUUCUUCGCUGUAUCGUUUCGUGUAAAAUAUAUUAUGUAGUAAAGUAAAGAAACGAGAAAGAUGAUGAUGAUAAUAAAUGAAAAACAAUCCAAGAGAGUAUUUUGGAAUGAAUAA